UUGAAGUGGAUCACAACCACUUACACAAACGAUAAAUACACGAAAAGGUUGAUGUGCAAUCAUUUAUUGACUACAAAUCAUAUUAUGACAAGAAGGGGGACGGUUUAGGACCGUCCCGAGACACAAAACCUACUAAAACCCUAGAAAACAAUCAAAAGCUCAACUCGGUUCGAAAACUUGAAAAACUAAGCAAAACCAGAAAUGCGCAACACAAACACGUCAGUGCUUUGACGUUGGCGCGUUUUGUGUGCACCGCGGCUAUUUGAAUACGGAGUUUUACCAGGGAUAUUACUAUUCUUCUCGGCGCCCCAGUCACAGCUUCACCAAAAGAAUGGGCAAAAGUGUGUAAAGUGGUGAGCGGUCGAGUCAUAAAUGGAUAUUGUGAGACUGAUUGGCUACUCCGAUUCUUGUAUCGAACAAUGAGUGUACAAUUUCGAAUUUCUGGAACUGGACCCGUGGAAAAUCAGACGAAUAAGAAGAUUUAUAUUUAUAAUUUGAGUCAUAUUGUGAGUGCGUUUUGGGCGGGAAAUUUGAAAAAUAUUGCUCCGAGACCCAAAAAUUCGAAAUUUUCACAGUUUUUUGGUCUUGAAGCGAUUUUUGACGCCAAAAAUUGAUUUUUUUUCACGGUGUUUUGAUCUUGGGACGAUCUUAGAGAGUAAAAAUUAGUAGUUUUGGGUCUCAAAGCGAUUUUCAAGAAUUUUGCGGCCAAAAAUUUUGAAGAAUCGCUUCGAGACCCAAAAAUUCGAAUUUUUCACUCCUUUUCAUCUUGAAACGAUUUUUGGCGCCAAAUUGAACCUAUUUUGGGUCUCGGAGCGAGUUUCGAAGGUUUUGGCGCCAAAAAUAAAAAUGAAUCGCUUUGAGACCCAAAAAAAAUCGAAAUUUUUACAACUUUUAGGUCUUGAAGCGAUUUUUGGCUCUAAAAAUUGAAAUAAAUCGUUUCGAAACCCAAAAAUUCGAAAUUUUCGCAGUUUUUUGGUCUUGAAGCGGUUUUUGACGCCAAAUUGAACCUUUUUUGGGUCUCGGAGCGAUUUUCAAGGGUUUUGGCGCUAAAAUUUUGAAAAAUCGCUUCGAGACCCAAAAAAAUCGAAAUUUUUACAAAUUUUAGGUCUUGAAGCGAUUUUUGGCUCUAAAAAUUGAAAUAAAUCGUUUCGAAACCCAAAAUUUUUUUGGUUUUUGGCGCCAAAAGAAUUUUUUUUUUUGAAAAUCUGAAAUUUCAAAGUUUUUACCGCCAAAAAUAAAUUUUCAAAAUUUCCUAGCAAAAUUUUGAAUUCCCAAAAACCCAACAAAAUUUUCGCAGGUCAAAGGUCACAUGGAUUAUUCGAGCCGGUUAACCGAAGUUCUCGAAGCGGUCGGCGUGAAAACCGGAAAAUUUGUCGACGCAAAUCUGAAUUAUGAAGAAGCUGAAGAGGCGAAAGAGGAAAAAUCUGCGCAGGAGGAAAAUUGA